AUGUCACAAGAAACUACAGUUGAGACUGCUCCCCAUACUGUGGCGGAUGCAUUUUUAGAGGCUCUGGCCGAGGCUGGCAUCGACUACCUUUUCACCGUGCUUGGCUCGGAUCAUCCUAGCAUCAUCGAGGCCUAUGUCCGCCGUCAAAAUGACCCUGCCAGGCAGUACCCCAAGAUGGUACUCUUCCAACACGAGUUCGUGGCCAUGUCCGCCGCCGAUGGAUAUGCCCGAAUGAGCCACAAGCCGGCCUGUGUGAUCGCCCACGUGGACGUGGGGACUGCAGCGCUCGGUCAAGGCCUGCACAAUGCAUCUAGCGGACGCGCCCCGGUCGUGAUCUUCGCCGGUGUCGCUCCAUCCACUCUGCUGGGCGAAGCUCCGGGUUCACGCUCGGAGCACGUCCAAUGGUACCAGGACAUUCGCGACCAGGCUGCGCUCGUGGCACCCUAUAGUCGUUUCAGCGCAGAGAUCAAGUCGCCGCAUAAUGUUGGUAGCCUGGUGCAUCGCGCCGUUCUCAUGGCCACCACUGGCUCACCGGGCCCAGUGUACCUCACUGCCACCCGCGAAAUCCUUGCCACACCUAUUCCUAGCCCACAAACCCGCCUCAAGCCUGUCCCUUCUUGCCAGCUGGGCUCUCUAUCCCCGCAAGCAGUGGAGCUCAUUGGCAGCGCGCUGCUCAAUGCAACGUCGCCCCUAGUAGUGACCGGAUACCUGGGCAGAAACCACAGCGCUGUCCAAGAAUUGAUCAAAUUGGCCGACACCGUCCACGGCCUGCGGGUAUUCGACUCCGAGCUUCGCGAAGUAUGCUUCCCAGCCACGCACCCAGCCAGCGUAACGAGAGGAACCGGCGCCGCACCAGCUGUGCAAUCCGCAGACGUGAUCCUCGUCCUCGACGCCGACGUUCCCUGGAUUCCCCGCCGCAUCCAUCCCUCCCCCGAGGCAGUCAUCUUCCACAUCGACCUUGACCCACGCAAAGAGCGCAUGAACAUGUUCGACAUUGGAGCAGCAGCUACCUUCCACGCGGAUACAGGGCUAGCACUAACCCAGCUCAACGCACACAUUACCUCCUCGUCCUCUCUCACUGAUCUCCAGACCAGAUGGACUGAUCGUCGUGAGGCCCUGCGCACAGCUCACGCCGAAGGUCGCGCCCGCAUUGACGCCCGAGUAACCAAGCCUCUCGAGACACUUGAUGCACCCUGCAGCGUGGACUUUCUCUGCAGUCGUAUUCGUGAACUUGUACCCAACGAUACCAUCUUCGUCACCGACUCCGUUACCAAUCAAGUCGCCAUGACCGAGCAGCUACAACUAACCCGCCCAGGCUCUCAUCUGACAAAAGGAGGCAGUGGUCUCGGCUGGGCCGGAGGUGCCUCCAUCGGCGUGAAGCUAGCCACAACACGAUACGAUAUCUCUAAUCGUCCAGAUGUUCGCGUCAAAUCCGAUACGAAUUCACCUUUCAUCUGUAACAUCACCGGCGACGGGAGUUUUAUCUUCUCUGUCCCGUCGGCAGUGUACUGGGCUAGCCAUAGAUAUGGCUGUCCGUUCUUGACUGUGAUUUUGAACAAUGGUGGGUGGAAUGCGACGAGGCAGUGUCUGGUGGAUGUGCAUCCCGGCGGUGAGGCGGCCAGCUUGUCGAGUAAGGAGUUAGGGAUCUCGUUGGUGGAGGAUGGGCCGGAUUAUGGAGGUAUUGCGAAGGCGGCUGCCAAUGGUAAUUUGUGGGCGACGAGAGUGAGGAGUGUUAAGGAGUUGGAUGAGGCGCUGAGGGAGGGGGUUAGGGUUGUGGUUGAGGAAGGGAGAGGGGCUGUGGUGGAUGUGGUGGUGCAGUGA